GUGUUCCAAUCAUUGUGAGUUGUUCAGAGUGGUUUGUUUUGUAUACAAACAGUAGGGCCGAGUUGUCAGUUCUAAGUAUUCGUUAUUGCAAAGAAGACUGCGAAUCCACUCAUGAGAAAAAUGUUCGAGACGGUCGAAUGUAACUUGCAGACUCCUGAAGAUGACAAGGGUUCUGACACGAUCUCUGACCCACAGAUGUUUGAGGCAGUCGAGUGUAAGGUGGAGCCACAUGAAGAGAACACGGGAUUUGACACAGUUCCUGACCCACAGAUGUUCGAGGCAGUUCAGUGUAAGGCAGAGCCACAUGAAGACAACACAGAAUCUGACACAGUUCCUGAGCCAGAGUUUUUUGAAGGAGUCGAGUGUAAAGUGGAGCCUCUUGAAGACGACACAAGAUCUGACUCACCUUCUGAACCGCAGGACUUUGUAUUUGUGACGGUGAAAACGGAACCUUCUCAGGUGAGCACAGCAGAUACCAGCCUGGAUGUGUUUGAGGUGCAGCAUAACAUGAAAUUUCUCUUCCUUUGCUUGUCAUAUUAUUUUCUACAUGUAUCUGCAUCAGCAACCAAAGGAGCUGACAGCACAAAAACAGGUGGCGGAGCAGCUUCACACCCGUCACCGGCUCUACCGUCAGUUACCGGUCGAAAACAAAAAUCGAUUAUCCACAGCCAGGCCAGAAAAAUAAUAUUAAAUGUGGCAUACUGUUGUGACCUGGAGAAACAGAAGAAGCAGCUGAUCUUCCCACUGAACGAGCCGCUGAAGCGAGCCGCCGUCUACACCGGGAGGACUGUGGAGAGCCUGCUGGAGUUGCGGGAGUCUCCUGCGGCGGACGCUGGCGGCAGCUCUCCGAUGCCCAUUCCCAACAAGAAGAGGGUGUUCGCGACACCUUCGAGCGGCGUCACCGAGGCAUAAAUAUCGCUGUCCGCGCUGCACCUUGCCCCUGCUGUGUUACGCCACUGCAUAGGCACCGGACAUCACAGAUUGGGGUUGAUACAGCACACUACACUAAUGGUGGCCUUGCCUCACUGGGUGAAGAAUUGUAGGCUGUGAUUGGCACCA